AUGAUGUCGACGGCAAUUCAAACCCCGCGUGAUCUGCUAUCAUCUUACACCGUCUCACAGAUGUCAAAGGACGAGAGGCGCUGGUCUCGCUGUCAUCCAACCCACAUCUUAAAUUUCAUCCAAAUGCCGUCGAUGUACAGCACAAAGUGGAUCUUUACACAGGCAAGUGCUCGCCCAUACACUGUGACUGCUGAUUUGGAUCUACAGGAAACAGAUCUCCGAUCGCAUGAAUAUGUCUACGAUGCAGACCUGUGCAGGGUAUGA